GCUUCUCUGCCUUAUCUGAAGGGAGUAUUCCGGCAUCGCUCCAGGAGUUUUACUAUGCUCUUAUAUGUCAUUGGCUUGAGCGGACGUGAUGUAUUAUCCGCCGUAGAGCUCGUCCCGCCAUCUCACGAGGCCCUUACAGAUGUUGCAGGCUUACUAAUAAGUUAAAUAAGCUGCUUAGUAAAUGUUUACAUAGAAUCAGAUACACGUGCGGCGGUGAUGCAGGUCUCAUUGGGCCAGCCGGAGUGGGCCACACAAAAACUCGUGAACGACCAGCUGAAGACCAACUCGAGGCCGACGCGCGGAUCAACGGUGCUGUCCUUUUCUUCUUCUUUUCUUCGUCUUCUCCGCUUCUUUUUUUGUCUAUUUGCUAUUCUAUUUCUCUUGGUGCUGUGCGUCUUCUCUCUCGUACCUGCUCCCUCGUCACCUUAUCGUCUGUAAACAUCAGACCGCAUACUUCCAGCAGCCAUGCGUUUCGGACAGCAGCUCAAGGAUUCGCUCAUUCGCGACUACUACUACUACUACAUUGACUACCAGGGACUCAAGGACCUGCUCGACGCCCGCGGCGCUGAUGGCGAGUGGUCGGAGGAGUCCGAGGAAGCCUUUGUCAAGGCUCUCGAGGAAGAACUCGAGAAAGUGUACGACUUCCAGAAGCUGCGGACGUACUCCAUCAACCAGCGCGUGAAAGAGAUGGACGUCAAGGUGCAGGACGCCAUCCGCUCGAUCGACACCUCCUCUCCGCUCUCUGAGCAGGCUUUCGAGGACCUCGAGUUUGAUCUCGAGGAGAUUCUCUCCGACGUACACGAUCUCGCAAAGUUCACUCAGCUUAACUAUACCGGUUUCCAGAAAAUCAUCAAGAAGCACGACAAGGUCACGCACUGGAUCCUCAGACCGAUCUUCGCCGCCCGCUUGAACGCAAAGCCCUUCUUCAAAGACGACUACGAUCCGCUUGUCGUCAAACUUUCAAAGCUGUACGAUCUCGUGCGCACUAGAGGUAACCCGGUCCAGGGUGACUCCUCGGCUGGCGGUGGCCAGCAGAACUUUGUACGCCAGACGACAAAAUACUGGGUUCAUCCCGACAACAUCACCGAGCUCAAGCUGCUCAUUCUCAAGCAUUUGCCCGUGCUCGUCUUCAACGCCUCGAAAGAAUUCGAAAAGGAGGACUCGGCGAUUUCCUCGAUCUACUAUGACAACGCCGACCUCGAGCUUUACCGCGGCCGACUUGAGAAAUCCGAAGGCGCGGAGGCCGUCCGUCUGCGUUGGUACGGUGGAAUGUCGACCGACACCGUAUUCGUCGAGCGAAAGACGCAUCGUGAAGACUGGACGGGAGAGAAGUCUGUCAAGGCUCGUUUCUCGCUCAAGGAGAAGAACGUGAAUGCGUUCUUGCGGGGUGAUUAUACCGUCGACCAGGCCUUCAAGAAAAUGCGCGAGGACGGCAAGAAGUCGCCAAAGGAGAUCGAGGAUCUCGAGCAGUUGGCGCGCGAAGUGCAGUACUCUGUGCUUACUCGAAAACUGAAACCAGUCGUGCGCUCGUUCUACAACCGAACAGCGUUCCAGCUUCCCGGCGACGCGCGCGUGCGUAUCUCGCUCGAUACCGAGCUCACGAUGGUGCGCGAGGAUGACUUUGACGGGCGUCGGCGCGCGGGAAAUAACUGGCGAAGGAUGGAUAUCGGCAUCGACUGGCCGUUUAACCAGUUGCCGGACAAGGACGUCGAGCGGUUCCCGUACGCCGUGCUCGAGGUCAAGCUGCAGACGCAGAUGGGCCAGGAGCCGCCGCAGUGGGUGCGCGACCUCGUGGCCUCGCACUUGGUCGAGGCAGUGCCCAAGUUCUCAAAGUUCAUCCAUGGAACGGCUACGCUUCUGCCGAGCAAGGUCAAGCUUAUCCCGUACUGGUUCCCGCAGAUGGACGUCGACAUCCGCAAGCCGAUCUCGCACCAGUUUGGCAUCGAACGACCAAACAAUCUUACCUCGUCGCUGUCUAACUCUGACGAUAUCCUGAGCUCCAACUCGGGCGAUAUUACAAUGGAUGAGGAGGAAGCUUUGGCGCAUAACGGCGACGGAUCGAGCGCUUCUGCGCAGAGACACGGCGGCGACAACUACGAGGAAGAGCACCACGACUACGUUUCUGACGACGAAGACGCCGAGCACAUUCCGCUCAUGGGAAUCUCGCGCGACCGAUCGCGGUCCCGAUCACGCCGGACGGCGCAGUUCCACAACUUCAACGAGACCGUGCGACAGAUUGGCCAGACGAUGCGCUCGUGGACCGAGUCGCUGAUUUUCGAGGCCGAGCGACCCGUACCCGGCACGUCGACCGUGCCGGCGAUCGAGGAGCGCGUGUUCCAUGCGCCGCCGGGAAAACUGAUUCAUAUCCCAGUGCGCAUCGAGCCCAAGGUCUACUUUGCAAACGAGCGUACUUUCCUGAACUGGCUCGAGAUCGGCAUCUACCUGUCUGCCAUCUCUGGAAGUUUGCGUGCGUUCGGUAACGAGCGGGCCGCCUACGCGAGCUUUUUCUUUAUGAUCACGGCGGUGUUGAUGGUCUUUUACAGUAUUGGGUUGUAUCUCUGGCGGUUGCGGGCCAUCAGACUGCGACGCGCGAUCCGGUACGAUGAUCAGAUCGGGACCGGGUUUAUGUGCGGUGCGUUUGUGCUUUCGGUCUUGGUGAAUUAUGUGAUUCAGGUGUGGUAAAAGAUGUCUGUUGAGACUACUAAUCGGGCGUUAGAAAUUAUGCAUACAGGCCUAGAGAGAAUACUUGAAUAUAUGGAUAUAUCAUUUUGUAUCGUUUUGUUAGUGAACUACGAGGUCGUAGAUAUCAGUAGAGUAGACUAUUUU